AUGGCCGGGCUGGGCGACACGUCGGGUGACAUACAGCCGAGGACCGAUCAUGCCAAGGACAUACUGCAGAUGACCCGCGACUCGGAGAUGAUGCAGAGCUACGUUCGGGUGGGCAAGUCGGACGAGUCGGAUGACUGCGGCGGCGGUGGAAGCGAGGGGAACGGCGUGAGCGUCGGCGGAGUCGGAGGUGGCGUCGGUCGAGGCGAAUCGGAUUCGGACGAUGUAGCCGGAGCUACGGGGUACGUUGUCGGGGCGAGUGGGGGCGACGGCCACGGUGUAUCGGGCGCCGGGCGUACCGGCCGAAAGGGCUGCAGGGUGGCCGCGGGCCGGCGUCAUGGGCGGCGUAGGGGUGGUGGUGGAGGUGGUGGUGGUGGCGGUGCUGCUGCUGGAGGUGGAGGUGGUGGUGGCGGUUCUUUUGGAGGCGGCGGCGGUGGUGGCGGUGCGACUACGACGUUCGACGAACUGACCGAAGAGUUCAAGACUCGCAAAUCGGGUACCGGCGGCGGAGGAGGCGUCGGCGGCGGUGUUGGCGGAGGUGGCAGCGGUUUCGGUGGUGGCUGGGCCAAGCGGCACAAGCGUGACUCCCGGUCCAGGCUACUCGAAGAGGUUUACACGGACAAGGACCGAGCGGCCGCUGUUAACCUGGGCACGCGCGACAUCAAAGCGUCGCUGCGCAUGAAACGACGGCAGGACCGGAACCGGACGCUGCACAUACCGUCUACGGCCGAGUCACCCACCCUGUUGGCGUUGGCCCGGCACUGCGUCAAUGACGUGAGCGUGUCGCUCGAGUUCAUCGACAAGGCAUUGGAAUUGAGCCCAAAUGACAAAACUGCUUUGGUUUCUAGAAGCAAGUGUUAUCUACUUCUCGGACAACCGCGUUUGGCAUUGAAAGACGCCGAAGUGGCGUUAAACGAGGAUAGCACAUAUCUGAAAGCCAUAUAUCAGAAAGCGGAAGCACUGUACCAUCUCGGCGAUUUCGAACACAGUCUCGUGUUUUACCACAGAGGACUCCACGUUCGACCGGAACUCGAACAAUUCAGGCUGGGAGUGCAAAAAGCCAGAGAAGCUAUCGAGAAUGCCAUUGGAAAAAUGAAAGACACCGCCGUCGUCAUGCAGCAGGUCGGCUGGGGAGACAAGCGCCAAGCGACCACAACCGGAACAGUGAACGGAGGUAGUGGUGGGGUCGGCGGUAGCAGAGGUUCGACACCUGCCGUGACGGGAUCGUCGACGAGGCGCAAAGACGCAGCGGCGUCGGCGGCCACCACUAAAAGCCAAUCGAAAAUGUUGCUCAGGGAAUUGUGCGUGGACAAGGACUAUCUAGAACAUUUGACGAUAGAUCCAAAUAUUGUGAGUGCCAUUCAAGAAAACGACAACUAUAUACUGUCUGAAGCGAAAGAUGGCAUUAGUUUUUUGAACGGCAGAGAAGAAUUCUGGAAACAACAAAAACUUAUUAACUAG